AUCCGUGGCAAAGGCCUUGACUGGCCCCUGCUUGUGAAGGACUUCAACCUGCUGCGCUGGCUGGGGGCGAACUCUUUCCGCACCAGCCACUACCCCUACGCCGAGGAGAUCAUGGACCUGUGCGACGCCUACGGCAUCGUGGUGAUCGACGAGUGCCCGGGAGUGGGGAUUAAAAUGCUCGAGAGCUUUGGGAACAAGUCCUUGCAGCAUCAUCUUGUUGUGAUGGAGGAGCUGAUCCGCAGGGAUAAGAACAGGCCGUCAGUCGUGAUGUGGUCAGUAGCUAAUGAGCCGGCAUCGGACCUGCCCCCAGCAGCUUUCUACUUUAAGACAGUGACAGCUCACACUAAAGCUCUCGAUCCCUCCAGACCAGUAACCUUUGUGACAGAUGUUAAUUACGCUCUUGAUCGUGGUGCUCCUUAUGUGGAUGUAAUCUGCGUAAAUAGCUACUUCUCCUGGUAUCAUGACCCAGGCCAUCUGGAAGUUAUUCCACUACAACUCACAACACAGUUUGAGAACUGGUAUAAGACCUACCAAAAACCCAUUAUCCAGAGCGAAUACGGAGCAGACUCCGUUCCUGGACUUCACAGCGAUCCACCUCUUAUGUUCAGCGAGGAAUAUCAGAAAGCUAUGCUAAGAGAGUACCAUUCUGUUUUUGACAAAAAGAGGAAAGAGUAUGUGAUUGGGGAGCUCAUCUGGAAUUUUGCCGAUUUCAUGACUAAUCAAGGGACCACACGUGUUUUGGGGAACAAGAAAGGAGUAUUUACCCGCCAACGACAGCCCAAGUCAGCUGCAUUUGUUCUUAGAGAAAGAUACUGGAAGAUUGCAAAUGAAUCAAGCUGUCUUCCUCCUAUAACAAAAUCACAUACCCUCUUUCUAAAAUGAAAUCAAAAGGUGUAGUGGCUGGGUGUUACGCUGAAUGUGUUCAUUAAAUUUCUGUUUAAAUA